CCACCUUCACAGAAAGCGGACACUACGAGGCGGUUCUAGCUGCGUUUAUUCCAGGCGUUCAGGGCUGUAUUUCUCCAUUAACAACAUGAUUCGUUUUGGAAGAUCUGCCUUUCUGCGGAUUAUAAUUCUAAACGGCAGACAUAACUGUAAAACUGCGCCGCUGAGAGUCAGUCUCAGCAGCAGAGGAAAUGGAGGCGGGAGUAGUGCUGCUAGCUUCUGGUUGACUCCAUGUAGGCGCUUCUGCUCCAAGUCUGAGGAACCCGAGAUUCACGGAGCUGUACCGAAGGUCGCGGCAGAUGACAAAAAAAAUAAACAGGGGCUCCUUCCAAGUUUGGAAGAUUUGCUCUUCUACACAAUUGCUGAAGGACAAGAAAAAAUACCAGUUCAUAAAUUUAUCACUGCAUUAAAGUCUACAGGUCUGCGCACCUCUGAUCCAAGGCUAAAAGAAUGCAUGGACAUGUUGAGACUUUCUCUACAAACAUCAUCUGAUGGAGUAAUGCUGGACAAAGAACUCUUCAAAAAGUGUGUUCAGAGCAAUAUUGUGUUACUAACACAGGCAUUUCGAAGAAAAUUUAUGAUACCAGAUUUUAUGUCAUUUACAUCGCACAUCGAUGAACUGUUUGAAAGUGCAAAGAAAUUAUCAGGUGGAAAGGUUGCUGAUUAUAUUCCUCAACUAGCUAAAUUUAGUCCUGACCUGUGGGGUGUUUCACUUUGUACAGUAGAUGGUCAAAGGCAUUCUGUUGGGGAUACCAAAGUGCCAUUUUGCCUGCAGUCAUGCGUCAAGCCGCUGAAGUAUGCAAUUGCUGUUAAUGAUCUCAGCACAGAGUAUGUGCAUAGAUAUGUCGGGAAAGAACCUAGUGGUUUAAGGUUCAAUAAGCUGUUUUUGAAUGAAGAUGAAAAACCACACAACCCAAUGGUUAAUGCUGGUGCAAUUGUUAUCACUUCUUUAAUCAAGCAAGGAGCGAGCAAUGCUGAAAAAUUUGACUAUGUAAUGCAGUUCCUAAAUAAGAUGGCAGGUAAUGAAUAUGUUGGAUUCAGCAAUGCCACGUUCCAGUCUGAGAGAGAAAGUGGAGACAGGAAUUUUGCCAUUGGAUAUUACUUGAAAGAAAAAAAGUGUUUUCCAGAACAUACUGACAUGGCUGGAACCUUAGAUUUUUAUUUCCAGUUGUGUUCCAUUGAAGUGACCUGUGAAUCUGCUAGUGUAAUGGCAGCAACGUUGGCUAAUGGUGGCUUCUGUCCAAUAACUGGCGAGAGAUUGCUGAGUCCAGAAGCAGUGAGAAAUACAUUAAGUUUAAUGCAUUCUUGUGGGAUGUAUGACUUCUCUGGCCAGUUUGCUUUUCAUGUUGGCCUACCUGCAAAGUCUGGAGUUUCAGGAGGUAUCCUUUUGGUAGUUCCUAAUGUUAUGGGCUUGAUGUGCUGGUCUCCACCUUUGGAUAAAUUAGGAAAUAGUGUUCGCGGAAUUCAGUUUUGCCAGGAUUUAGUAUCUCUGUGCAAUUUUCAUAAUUACGAUAACCUCCGUCACUUUGCAAAGAAACUUGAUCCUCGCAGAGAAGGAGGUGAUCAACGGGUGAAAUCUGUGAUAAAUCUUCUGUUUGCUGCGUAUACUGGAGAUGUAUCUGCACUAAGAAGAUUUGCCCUAUCUGCAAUGGAUAUGGAGCAACGUGACUAUGAUUCUCGUACAGCACUGCAUGUAGCAUCCGCAGAAGGGCAUGUAGAAGUUGUGCGUUUUCUUCUAGAGGCAUGCAAAGUUAACCCUUUCCCAAAAGACAGAUGGAAUAACACUCCUAUAGAUGAAGCUAUGCACUUUGGACAUCAUGAUGUUGUUAAAAUCCUUCAAGAAUACCAAAACAAUUAUAAACCACUGGAUGAACCAAAUAAUGGAAAGGGUGAUCAGUCUGUCCAAAAGAACCUAGAUGGAUUAUUAUAAUAUCUAUUGUUUACGAAUUCCAUAUAUUUGUGCUGGUACCUGUUGUGUUGUAUAACCAUUUCAAGAGUGUAUUUUUAUCUUGUAGUGAUGUAUAUUUCCAAUUAUGUUUUCGUGCUAUCUUCUGGCUGUAUCCUCAGGAUGAAAUCAAAGCAACAAAACGUACCUACAAGCAGAAGCUGCCUUGUUCUAGUGAAAAAAUUGGCUGAUAAGCUUUCCAUUUCUUUUAUUAAGAUUUUUGAAAAGAAAAAAAAUUGACCCAAAUAAAGGAGUUUUAAGUUAUGUGUUCACCUCAUAAAGAGGCCAGCUGAGUUCAGGACCAUUUUAACCAAAUAUCAACUAGCAGUAAUUUUGCAGAGAACUCUUCAGCAGCAAAUCCUUACCAAAUUUGACCUAUCGAGCAAUGAACAAAAAGUGAAAAAUUAAUACCCACCUACUGUGUCAUUUCUGUGGCUACCUUACCUGCUCCCAUGGAGGUCUUGGUACAACCUGAACUCCUGCAUCCCAUGUGACUGUUGCAGCAGGUUGUACAAUACCGCCAAGGAGCCAGAGAAACACAAGGGGAUGCAAGUAUAUUUUUUUCUUUAGGACUUGCAGAUUUUGAUGCAGAACCACAUGAAAUCUGCAUCAAAACUUUAUGAACUUCAAAAAUUUACAUGGUUUUCAUGCAGAAAAUAUUCUCGACAUGGAAGUAAAUGAGGAUUUAUUUCCUAUAUCAAGUGUGCAACAUAAAUUGACAUGCAAUAGAAUUUUAAAAUUCAUGUGGAAAAUUUCUGCAGUGUGUACGAGAAUGUUUUCUACAUAAAAGCUAUGUAGCAAAUUCACAACAUGUUUGUUUAUGCAGAUUUUAUACCAAAAUAUUCUGCAUUCUAUAUACAUGUGAGCAACCCCAUGCACAGGAACGGAAACAAAAUGUUUGAGAGUAAUUUGUAUGCUACUUACAGGUGUGAUCUUUCCUUUUGGCUGGUCAUGACCUGAUCUGUGUAUCGAGAUGACCAGCUUUUUUAAAGCAACAUGAUUUUUGUGAUAUUGCAUAAAAAAUAUCUAUGAUAUAUGUGUCUAUAUGCAGCCACCCAGUGGUUGAGUUGUGACUAAUGGCCUGUUGGAAUAUUUUGAUACUGUAUUAAAUUAGUUUCAUGGGAAACUGGAGUCCAUAACCAGUUUUAAUGUAAGGUAAGGGUAGACACAUCUGUAUUCCAACUAUUCCUGCACAGAACAGCCACUAAUUAAUCUCAAAUGGAUUAUCCCCAUUGGGGCUGAUCUUUUUGUGGAUUUCCAACAUAAGCUGCUGUCAGUUUCAGAAAUCAGUUUCUGUCAUCGGUCCUGUAGUGAAUACAGUACUUGCUUGAUUUGUAAUAUGCACAUCUGACAAAUCUAAACAUACCUUUACUUUUCUAUGCAGAAUUUUCUUUCAAAUGGUCUUAUAUGAUUAUACAACAUGAUAAACCUUUGCACUUUUUACCACUAAAGAUACUACGAGAACAAGAAUAAAUCAAGCUAGGAGACUCAAUAAAUCAGGAGACCUACUAAAAGAUCUCUUAAGUGUAUUUCAAAAAUAUUUUUGGAUACCAUAGUAAUGUCUUAAAAGUUAUAAUUGUAAGAAAUCUUCUGUAAUUGUGUUAUGUCAUGUCCCUGUGCACUCUAAAGGAUGUAUUAGACAUCCGGAUUUAACAGGCGAUUGUUGGGAAGGAAGCGUUCCUUCACGGCAAUCGUCUGCUCGCUAGUGGAGGAGACCGCUGCAAUUACAUGCAGGGAUCUCCUCAGUAUAGAGAGGAGCGAUCCUUAUACCAUUGCACUUCCCUAUACUGAAUGAUUGUUUGCCCACAGCAGAUCGUGAUGCAAACAAUGCUUUUUUUAACCUGUUAAAAGAUUUGGAUU